AUGCUGCAGAAGGGCCACGCCUCGGAUGGCCGAGCAGGUCAUGCGAACGUGGCCAACUGGGCCAAGCGGCGCCUGGGCAAAGGCGGCCUCUUCGCAGACCAGGUGGGAGCCUUCGCAGUGCCCGUGAACGAGCUGCUCCGGGACUAUAUGGGGCGACAGCAAGAGAAGCACUGGUGGCUCGCGGUGCUCGUGAACCCGCGAGGAGGCUGCCCCAAUCAGGGCCCCGUUCAGGAGGGUGUGAGUGUGGCCUGCCUUGACUCCUUCGCACGCACAGGAAUGCGGUACAAACCUCCCAGGCGUGCUUUGAAAGAUGGUACGAUUGAGGCUUACUCGGUAGAGAUCAGCAGCUUCUCGCGCUCGGGCUUCGUGGCGCUGGUCGGCUUUCGGGCUCAGGGCGACGGCUCUCUGGGGCCGCUGGUGGACCCGCGGCUCUCCCGGCUGCAGUUUGGGCACCGCAUCAUCAAGGAGCCUGAGUUGGACCUCAAGGUCCGGAACUACGGCGACUUCGGGGUGCCAGGGGUCCUCGAGGGGACCCUGGAGUUUGCCUUCGACUCCUCGACGAGGAUCUGCGGCGACUACAUGCUGCACUACGGCGGUGUUGCUGAGUACAAGCCUGCGAUCAAGCUGGAGCUCCGCAGAGAGCCCAACCAGUCACAGCAGCAGGUCUCCCGGUUGCUGGCCGGUUACUGCGGGAAGGAGUGGGAGCUGGCGAACCCGGAGACGCCUUACAAAGACAGCCUGAUUGCUGGGGCGCUGCAGCUGGCAGACACACCUCAACAGGAAAGUGCCCACGACUGUGGCUUCUUUAUCCUGGAGCAGGUGCUCCGGCUGCUGCAGCUCAGCCCCACAGCUCUGAGGUCUUUGGCACAGAGGUCAACCGAGGAUGUUGCGGGCUUGCCUUGGCCAGCACAGAGGGAGGUGGUGAAGCGGAAGAAGAAGCUGCGGGAGGUGACCGCGGACUUGUUUGUGGCAGCGCGCCGCCAGGGCACCGGGGACGUGGAGGUGCUACUCAAGCAGGAUGAGGUCCUGCGCAAGAAGCUGCUGCUCGCCAUGUGGGAAGGCCCGUACUUUGCCAAAGCAGUCGCGAACCUGAUCGGCAUGGAUCCGGGACCUCUUCCCGAAAUCCCGACUCUACCCAAAGAAGAGGAGGCAAAGAAGCACGAAGCGGAGGAGGAAUCUGAGUCGGACAGCAGCGCGAGGAGCAGCAGCAGCCAUCGAAGCAGCAGCAGUGCUUCCUCGAGCCGCAGCCGGAAGCGGAAGCACGAGGAGAGCCGCAGCCGCAGCAGGAAGCGGGCUCGCAAGGAGCGGAAGGAGGGCCACGGGCACCGGGCCGAGCGCCCGGCCCGGCCGCCCCCGCCGCCCAGCUUCACCAAAGAGGACCUCCAAGGCUAUCCGUCCAAGACCCUGCGGAACCUCUGCGUGCAGUACAAGGUGCUUCCUCCGGGCAUGGUGGAGCGCACGGACUUGUUGAAGGCCUUGGAGCGCCUGGCCAUCGUGAAGCACGCGGUUCCGGCCGGUACGGCGGCGGCUGCCAAGGCGGUGGGGGAUCGCCUCGCAGGUGCCGCCCGGCCCGAUCUUCCGAGCUUCACGACGGACGACCUGGACACCAUGCCGAUCAGCAAGCUGAAGAUGUUUUGCAUUCAGUUUGGCCGGCUCCCUUCGGGCUCCCUGGAAAAGUCCGACUUGAAGAAAGCCCUGGCUCCUUUAGCCAAGCCUUCCACAAAGCCAAAGCAGGCCUUCAGCGGCAAUGGGACAGCCGCUGUCCAUAGCCACCACCACCACAAGAAGAGGGCGCUUCCCAGCUUCACUGCCACUGAGCUGGACACGAUGCCCAUCAGUCGGCUGAAGAGCUACUGCAUCCAGUAUGGCAAGAUGCCCCACGGUCCCGUGGAGCGCACGGACUUGGUGGCCCUCUUGAAGCCCUUCGCGGGCGCUGGAGUGGGAGCAGUGGGAGCGCCCUCGGUGCCGGGGGCGCUGGGCCCAGGCUCUGCGGCCACGGCAACGAGCUUCGGCUCCCAAGCGAGUUCCGCCAAGCCGGCAGAGGCCGACAGCUUCGUCCUGGAGGACCUGAAGACCAUGAGCAUGAAGACGCUGAAGACGUUCUGUCUCAAGCACAAGGUCAUGCCCCAUGGACCCGUGGAGAAGUGUGACCUGCAGAAAGCACUGGUCCUGAUGCUACUAUAUCAUGUGGUGCAGGGCCAGUCAGAUGCAACACUUUGA